GAUGACCUCUCCCAUCACUUAUUUGCCAAUUAAGACAAAAAAUGAACAUCCCCCCUUCCCCUCAUCAUUAUUUCGGCCAAACUACCCAAGAAAGAGGAAGAAAAAGCUCUCCAACCUUUCUCCAUUGCUGCAACUCGAGAUUAAGCAAGAGGGGUCCAAGGAGGGGAUUAAAGAAGGAAAAAAGCUAGGAAAAGUGUGUAAAAUUAAGAAACUUGUGAAAGGCAUUUAAAAAACUUUUACAAAGUUGAAAGAGUCGCCGGAGUUCGUCAAAAGUCGCCGGAGUUUCACCGGAGUUCAACCGAGAGGGGUAGAACUUCAUAGCGCCAAUUCGAGCUCCUUAUACCUCGUUUGCCAAGAAUGCAACGUUGGCUCCGAUGACGGAGUACUUCGAUUACAUAGUCAUCGGAGGUGGAACCGCCGGGUGUGCAUUAGCGGCGACUCUGUCGGAGGGGGCCAAAGUUUUGUUGUUAGAGAGAGGUGGGUUGCCGUACGGAAACCCUAACAUAACCAACAUAGACGGCUUCGCCAGAACCCUUGCCGACACAUCUCCCGACUCCGCCUCCCAGCUAUUCGUCUCCACGGACGGCGUUUUCAACCAUCGGGCCCGCGUUUUGGGCGGCGGCUCCGCCUUGAACGCCGGGUUCUACACUCGGGCAAGUAGAGGGUACGUGGAAAACGUGGGGUGGGAUCAGGCGUUGGUCAAUGAGUCGUACGAAUGGGUGGAGAGGAAAGUGGCGUUUCAGCCGCCUAUGCUGGCGUGGCAGUCGGCGGUGAGAGAUGGGCUUCUAGAAGCCGGAGUGUUGCCGUACAAUGGGUUUACGUACGAACAUCUUUACGGGACUAAGGUUGGCGGCACAAUCUUUGACGAAAAUGGGUACAGACACACCGCCGCUGACUUGUUGGAAUACGCUGAUCCCACCAAAAUCACUGUCUAUUUGUAUGCAACGGUGCACAAAAUCUUCUUCAAAAAAGAAGGAGAUCCUAGAGCUUAUGCGGUGUUCUACAGAGACUCCGGCGGGAACCGUCACCUGGCUUACCUGAACAAUGGGCCCAAUAACGAGGUCAUCCUGUCGGCCGGUGCAUUGGGAAGCCCACAGAUGUUGAUGCUAAGCGGAAUUGGAUCGGCCCAGCAACUGAAAGCCCUAAACAUUGAGGUGAUACUAAACCAGCCCAUGGUUGGGCAGGGUAUGUCCGAUAACCCAAUGAAUGCGGUGUUUAUUCCUUCUCCACAGCCCGUUGAGGUUUCACUAAUUCAGGUGGUUGGGAUUACAAGGUUUGACAGCUACAUAGAAGCAGCCAGUGGGUCCCUCGAGCUGGCUUGGAUACACAGAAUGGCUGCUGACUUUGAAAGACUGGCUAAUCAGAGCAGCAAGCCUGUGACUAUCCCUACGACGGUCAACACCAGCUUAAACACAACUUCAGCAAGAGCAACCUUAACCGGAUCCAUACAAGCUAGUGUCGAUGCUGGCAUAAUACUGGAGAAGGUAGCGGGCCCAUUCUCUACGGGCUAUCUCGAGCUCGAAAGCAGGAACCCUUCAGAGAACCCAAGGGUGACCUUCAACUACUUCAAAGACCCACGUGACCUACGCAGGUGUGUUGAAGGGAUGGAAAUCAUAUCCAGGGUCAUCCGGUCACGGUCUUUCUCCAAGUUCCGCUACCCUCUAACCUCACCACAGGCCCUAAUCAGUGCCAUGUUGACCCUGCCCUUAAACCUUAGACCGAAACACGUCAGCGCCACCGUGUCACUCGAGCAGUUCUGCAUCGACACUGUCAUGACCAUAUGGCACUACCAUGGCGGCUGCCAGGUCCAUAAAGUUGUUGAUAAGGACUAUAAGGUUAUUGGGGUCAAAGCCCUGCGGGUCGUUGACGGUUCCACUUUUGUCAACUCUCCUGGAACCAAUCCUCAAGCUACUGUUAUGAUGCUUGGAAGGUAUAUGGGAAGGAGAAUUUUAGAUGAGAGACAAAUUACAAUUGGACAAAUUAUCCGACCAUAGGAAAGAAGUCAAGUGGACCGGUCGUUGAGAAUUGUUAUUUUUUUUGUGUGUAUCCCUAGUUAGGAUGUGUUAAGAACUUUAAUUAAAGUUGUUUAAUUGUAUGAGAUGUAUCUUAAAUUCUUAUGUAGUAUACAUAUUUAAAGUACUGCUUUUGAAACAAAAAAACAAGUAGUGAUGUGUGGUGUUCAUUAUCUCCUGCCAAUAUGACAACGGCAUUGUAAAGGGCAUUUUUGUCCAAAAAUUCGCUGAAUUUUACUUGUAGGACAUUAUUUAGGAAUAUGU